GUCUAGUCACAUACGCUACAAUACCCAUAAAUACAAAUUUAAAUGCAGUGACAGUGAUGAGUUCCUAUUGUUUUUGCUUCUAAUUAGAAAAAGAUAAAAACUCUGUUUUCAUCUCCUUAGGCCAUGGAUAAUAAUAAGGGAACUGAAGAAGAGACUAGAACAACCAAACAAAACAAAGCUCCACAUAAUGUAUUCUGAUAUUCCUUUGCUUUCUCGAAGUCUCAGCUCACCUUGUCGGAAUUGCACCAUCCUGUUCAGGCCAUCACAGCUCCAUCAGACUCAGCUUCUCUAGAUUAUAUACUCUAAACGGAGAAAUCACAAAGAAAAGGUUGAUGGGGCACUUAUCCUCUUUGUUUAAUGGCCUGGCAAAGUCGUUUUCAAUGAAGAAAGGAAGAGGUUCUGGCAGAUGUGGAGGGAGAGAAGCUGCUGAAGCUAUGGCAAAGGAAGCUAAGAAAAAUGACUUGAUAUUGCGUACCUCCGGCACCGUUAAUGCAGAUGGUUCAAACAACUUCGCCUCCGUUUUCUCUAAAAAAGGCCAGAAAGGAGUCAACCAGGAUUGUUGCAUAGUGUGGGAGGAAACACUUGCCCAAACUUCACUUGAUCAAGAUAUUGAUAUAGAGGAUGAGAAGAAAAAACACCACCACAGGUUCAAUAUAUGGAAGCAUUCUUACCUGAAGACAUGUGCUGCCAUUGAUCAAGAACUAGAGAAGUAUCGAAAGAUAGACUCGUUUUACAGUGGAACAACUGCCCUAUCAAUUGUUAGACAGGGUGAAUUCAUUGUGAUAGCAAAUGUUGGUGACUCUCGUGCUGUAUUAGCUACAAAAUCAGAUGAUGGAAGUUUGGUCCCAGUUCAGCUAACAAUUGAUUUCAAGCCCAACUUACCCCAAGAAGAAGAGAGAAUAAUUCAGUGCCAGGGGAGAGUGUUCUGCUUACACGAUGAGCCCGGGGUGCCCCGGGUGUGGUUGCCGGAUGGAGAGUCUCCAGGACUCGCCAUGUCUCGAGCUUUUGGUGACUAUUGUAUUAAAGAAUAUGGUCUUAUUUCAGUGCCUGAGGUAACACACAGAAGCAUAGGCAGCAAAGAUCAGUUUGUUGUGCUUGCCACUGAUGGGGUUUGGGAUGUAAUCUCCAAUCAAGAAGCAGUAGAUAUUGUGUCUUCAACACCAAACAAAGCAAAAUCAGCUAAGCGUUUGGUGGAAUGUGCAGCGCAUGCAUGGAAACGCAAGAGGAGGGGCAUUGCCAUUGAUGAUAUUUCAGCUAUUUGUCUCUUCUUUCACUCAGAACAAGUUAGCCAUGUUACCACCCUAAAAUAGAUUAACUUGUAACUUGUAAAUUGGGUCGAUGUAACAUUGGUGCAAUGCAAUUAAGGUAAAUUGAUUGGAAAGUGUCUA